UACAAUUCUAUAAAACAGUGUUUAAACAUAAAGCAGUUUUUUUCCCCUCAUUUUUGAUUAUGUUUCUCUGCUUCCUUCCUUCCAUCCUGCAUUUUGUUUUUUGCGUUUAGGGCUGCAAGAUGGUCCACGCCGAAGCGUUUUCCCGUCCCCUGAGUCGCAAUGAGGUGGUCAGUUUAAUUUUCCGCUUGACGAUAUUUGGCGCUGUCACGUAUUUUACCAUCAAAUGGAUGGUAGAUGCCAUCGAUCCAACCAGGAAGCAAAAAGUAGAAGCUCAGAAACAGGCUGAAAAGCUAAUGAAGCAAAUUGGAGUGAAAAAUGUCAAGCUCACCGAGUAUGAAAUGAGCAUUGCUGCGCAUCUCGUAGACCCCCUUAGCAUGCACGUCACCUGGAGUGAUAUUGCAGGCUUGGAUGAUGUCAUUACAGAUUUGAAAGACACAGUCAUUUUGCCCAUCAAAAAGAAAUACUUGUUUGAGAAUUCCAGGCUCUUACAGCCACCUAAAGGAGUACUUCUGUACGGCCCUCCCGGUUGUGGCAAAACACUGAUUGCCAAAGCUACGGCCAAGGAAGCAGGUUGUCGAUUCAUUAACCUGCAGCCUUCGACGCUGACUGACAAGUGGUAUGGGGAGUCCCAAAAACUGGCUGCCGCCGUCUUCUCCCUCGCUAUAAAGCUCCAGCCGUCCAUCAUUUUUAUCGAUGAAAUAGAUUCCUUCUUGCGAAGUCGCUCGAGUUCGGACCACGAAGCUACAGCCAUGAUGAAAGCUCAGUUCAUGAGUCUGUGGGACGGUCUGGACACCGAUUACAAUUGUCAAGUGAUUGUGAUGGGAGCCACCAACCGGCCCCAGGACCUUGACUCUGCCAUCAUGAGACGAAUGCCGACGCGGUUUCACAUCAACCAGCCCGCUCUGAAGCAGAGAGAAGCAAUCCUGAAACUAAUUUUGAAAAAUGAAAACGUGGACAGGCACGUAGAUCUCCUGGAAGUCGCUAAGGAAACGGACGGCUUCUCAGGGAGCGACCUGAAGGAAAUGUGCCGGGAUGCAGCCCUGCUGUGCGUGCGGGAGUACGUGAACGCCGCCUGCGAGGAGGAGAACCACGACGAAGAUGAAAUCCGGCCCGUGCAGCAGCAGGAUCUACAGAGGGCGAUCGAAAAGAUGCGAAGAUCGAAGGACGCCACGCUGCAAAAUGUCCUGAUGCAUGUUAGUUUAGAUUAAGGUUGCCGAGCGUGUUUGCAGUUCUGACGUGAUUUAGUUUGUUGGCUUCUGUAAUCAGUGGAAACGGUGUAAGGGGGGGAGCGGGGAUGUUCUCUGAGCAAGGGAGUUACGUUUCUGGGAUUGUUUUUUUAUACUGCAAAUUCUAAGUUAUUGAAAUGUAGCCACGCGCGAUUAGAGAUGUAACAGUAGAUCAUGAUGUGGAACAAUUAUAGCCCCGACCAAGAGCAGCUGCCUGUGUCUCGUCCCGUAAUCGCUGCCCUGCGUCGCCUUGAAGCAGGUGCUGAUGUGGUGCCGAGGAGUUUGUGUAUAUAUGUACAAGCGUGUGUGUAUGUAUGAAAUGUAUAUAUAUCCACACAUUUUUUAUAUAUAUAGACAACCUGUAGAUAACUUGAGUAUGGAAAAACGACAAAAAAAUCUUUUCUACUUGCUGAAUCAAACCAGAUCAGGAGAUGUGUAGGUUCAAGUCAUCUGUAGUCCAAUCACACUUACUUCUUCCUUUCAGCAGCCAAGAUGAAGGUAGAAAUUCUGCUUCCAGGAUAAUUUCCGGGCAAAAAAAUAAAACUACUCCUGCGUUUUCUUUCACGU